AUGACUUCUUAUCCUCCCGCACAAUAUUGCACAGUUGGCUUUAGACAUGAAGGUGCCUCACAGGGUAAAGCCAUACACAUCACCAGCGGCAAGCAUGAAGCCUACCUUGCAACACCGCCACCAGACAAGGCCGAAAAGUCCAGUGCCAUUCUAUUUUUACCUGACAUCAUGGGUAUCUGGCAAAACAGUCGUCUCCUUGCUGACGAGUUUGCGUCAAACGGCUACUUGACCUUAUUGCUUGACACUUUCAACGGUGAUCCCUUGCCUGUAAAGGCAGUUGCAAAUGACGAGGUGGACAUUUUCAAGUGGCUUACGGGCGGCUCCACGGGUGACAACCCACAUAAUGAACCAGCUGUGGAUCCUAUUGUUCUGAAUGCCAUCAAAGCUUUGAGGGAGGAGUAUGGAGUAAAGAAACUGGGCGCUGUUGGUAUCUUGUUCGGUCAUUGGAAUGACGGCAUUGACGCCGGCCACCUGGCCGAUCCCAGCAUUAUGGACGCUGGUGAGCUCGCUGCUAUUAACGGUCCCGUUUCUAUUGCGGCUGCUGAGACGGACCACAUCUUCCCGGCCGAGAAACGGCACGAGACGGAAGACAUCCUCAUCAAGAACGGCAAGCAAUACCAGCUGACACUUUACUCUAAGGUUGCUCAUGGCUUUGCGACGCGGUGUGACUUAUCAAAAUGA